AUGAACUCUACCCAUCACCAUGGAAUGCACACUUCUCUCCACUUCUGGAACCACAGCACCUACGGACUGCACAGCAAUGCCAGUGAGUCCCUUGCAAAAGGCUACUCGGACGGAGGGUGCUACGAGCAACUUUUUGUCUCUCCUGAGGUGUUUGUGACUCUGGGUGUCAUAAGCUUGUUGGAGAAUAUUCUGGUGAUUGUGGCAAUAGCCAAGAACAAGAAUCUGCAUUCACCCAUGUACUUUUUCAUCUGCAGCCUGGCUGUGGCUGAUAUGUUGGUGAGCGUUUCCAACGGGUCAGAAACCAUUGUCAUCACCCUACUAAACAGCACGGACACGGACGCACAAGGUUUCACAGUGAAUAUUGACAAUGUCAUUGACUCGGUGAUCUGUAGCUCCUUGCUUGCAUCAAUUUGCAGCCUGCUUUCGAUUGCUGUGGACAGGUAUUUUACGAUCUUUUAUGCCCUCCAGUACCAUAACAUCAUGACGGUUAAGCGGGUCGCGAUCAUCAUCAGUUGCAUCUGGGCAGCUUGCACGGUGUCGGGCAUUCUGUUCAUCGUUUACUCAGAUAGCAGCGCUGUUAUCAUCUGCCUCAUCACCGUGUUCUUUGCCAUGCUGGCUCUCAUGGCUUCUCUCUAUGUCCACAUGUUCCUCAUGGCCAGACUUCACAUUAAGAGGAUCGCCGUCCUCCCAGGCACUGGCACCAUCCGCCAAGGUGCCAACAUGAAGGGGGCGAUUACCUUGACCAUAUUGAUUGGGGUCUUUGUUGUCUGCUGGGCCCCCUUCUUCCUCCACUUAAUAUUCUACAUCUCUUGUCCCCAGAAUCCAUACUGUGUGUGCUUCAUGUCUCACUUUAACUUGUAUCUCAUCCUGAUCAUGUGUAAUUCCAUCAUUGAUCCUCUAAUAUAUGCACUCCGGAGCCAAGAACUGAGGAAAACCUUCAAAGAGAUCAUCUGUUGCUAUCCUCUAGGUGGCCUCUGUGAUUUGUCUAGCAGAUACUAA